CCCCGAGCAACUGUAAAUUUUUGCAUCACUUCCAUUUUUGGCAACUCAUCCAUGAUGUCUCCAUUCUCUGUAUUUAGGAUCUCUCUCCUUACGUGGAUGCACUGGGCUAUCCUACUCGGAAGCCUAAUAGAGAAAACAUGGGGCUCACCAAUGAAUACUUCGUCGCGCCUUGCUGCGAGGGGCCUCUUUGGUCCAGCAAACUGCAAUAGCCAGGAAUUUUUAAGUCUGAUGGCCUCAUUGAAUGAUGCUGAGGACAUGCUGAAGGUUACAAUUGAUAGGACAGCAGACCUAUACAACUGGUUAAAUACGAGACCAUCAUCUUUUUCCGGGAGGAAUAGCCUUCAGCUGUCCACUCUACGCACCUUCGAAGCUAUUUUUGGCGAGGUGUACUAUGGUUCUACAAACCCACAGGGAAAUUCUGCUGGUCUUGCGCGUAUAAAGAAAGUUGGAAAUACCGCAACUGGACUCGUGUCGCAGUUCGAUGAUUUGCUAUCUUUGAAAGUAGAUAUCUUCUGCGACGACUCCUGGCUACUUGACACUGACCCCCAAGGAAAUCCACCUAAUCGAGACAAGGGCAACUUUCAGUACUUCAACCCCCAUGAAAAUACUUAGGAGAAUUUCAACAAACUCGGCGGAAGCUGCCGUGAUAGCAAUUUAUACGGUUUCGUUUUGUCUGCUUCUCCCGGAAAUAACGAUUAUUUGACUCUCUGUCAAAGCAACUGGCUUGCAGACAUUAAUAAUGGAAACACAUUUCGGAAGCUGUCCGGGAACACGUAUACUAAUGGCCAAGGUUAUAUCCAAAGCUUCAAGUCUCUUGCAGCUAGCACAAUGGUACACGAACUAAGCCAUUGUCAGUCUCUUCUUGGAGCUGGCAAUAAUUGGUGUGAGUAAUCCAAACACCAAACUAUCUAAUGCGGAC